CUCUUGCUCUCUCUCUCUCUCUCUCUCUCUUCAUCGUCUCUUCCAUUUUUCAACCUCUGAAUCAAUUCUGUGUUUUGAAUUGUUUCUGGGUGUGCUCUUAUUUUUAUUUUAGAUUAGAUAUGGAUAUAGAUAUGGAGUCCAAAGCCAUUGUAGGAGAAGAUGAGAAUGUGAAAAAGAUCAGAUUUGUAUUCGGCUCUGAACUAUCAGACGCAGACAUUCUCAAAGCGCUUUCUCAAUGCCAAAACAACCCAGAUGACGCAAUCAACUUCAUCCUCGACACACCCGGUUUUUUGUCGCCGCAAGUGACUGUUAAACGGACUGUUACUAGCACUGGAGCUCGAAUUUCUGGGCCUAUCAAGCAAGAAAACGGUCAAGGAUCAGAGGAAGUUGAAUCGGUUGAUGGGUUGAUGCCGAAGAUCGAAGUGAAGGAACAACCUGGUUUGGGGAUUCAGAAGAAAUCGGUACCCAAAAUGUCGUUUGAUGAGUUUCUUGUGGCUACGAAUACGAAAGUCAUGGCUGAUGAUGAAUAUCUCAAAUCCCAGAUUAAGGAAGAGAAAGAAGAGGCAGUUUUGAAUAGGGAUGUGAAAAUGGAGGUGGAUUGUAUUGAGAAGAAAGUGGCUGUGAAAGGAGAGACCGAGGGUUCGGAGAGUCUUCAAUCUUCGGAGCCAUUGAUUAGCCCAGACAUGACUUUUCAAGAGUAUCUUCGAUUGGCAGAGAAGCCUAAAGAACCAAAACCCCAAUCACAUUGUGGGUUGAAUACAAAACCUGAUUUGGGGGCUUUUGAGAAGGUCUCUGGAAAAAAAGAAGAGUUUAUGGAUGGGUUUGAUGAGUUUUGCAGGUCUAGAGAAAAACCCAAUUACAAUCUGCUAAAAGCCUCAUCUGUCAAGAAAGAGAGAGUCGAAGAUCGGAGGCUUAGUACAGUUGUGAUUGAGGAUGGGGAUUUUCCAGAAGAUCCAGAUUGGUUGUUGGUGGGAAGGACAACGAUUAUUGGGCUUUCGACAACAAAGGGAAGGAAAUUGGAGAACAAUGAGAUUGUUCAUUUUGCUUUUCCUUCUACGGAUUCAAAGGGUAGAUGCAACUCACGCUAUAUGAGUGCGAAGGCUACUGCUGCUGCAACCAUUGUUCGCUUCUCGACCAAACGAUCAGGGGAGCUUGGGAGGUUGCCAAUGGAGUGGGCAAAAUGCCUUAUACCGCUUGUGAAUUCUUCAAAGGUGAAAGUUCUUGGUCGAUGUAUAGCUGCACCAUUAAAUAUGUGUUUGAUGCAGGAGAUAUUGUUAUAUGUUAGCUUUUAUAUUCAUCAUUCAAUUUUCACGGAUGGUGACAAGUCUUCGUGGAAGCUAGAUGCUCCCUCAAACAUUGACUCCACUGUUUAUCCUCUCCUUACACUUUUCAAAUUGUUGAAAACUAAACCAUUUCAGAAGGCUGAAUUCACCCCAGAGGAACUUGAUUCUCGAAAACGGUCAUUAAAUCUACAUGUUGAUUCAAAUGAAGCUGCAUCCAUGUUGCCUAUAGUGAAACGGCAGAAGGGUUGCCAGCAGUACCCGGAACAGACCAAAGAUGAGCAAGCUAUCUCAGAAUCAUCAUUGAACAAACUUGUUGGUGCUGUAGAUGUGUACAACUUGGAGGAGAUGGAGCCUCCCCAUACACUUAUGUGUGAUUUAAGGCCAUACCAGAAGCAAGCUCUCUACUGGAUGUCGGAAUCAGAGAAGGGAGUGGAUGUUGAGAAAGCAGCAAAAACUCUUCAUCCUUGCUGGGCAGAAUACCACAUCUGUGAUGAGAGGGCUACUGCAAUUUAUGUGAACAUUUUUUCUGGGGAAGCAACUACACAAUUUCCAACUGCCAUGGAGAUGGCACGAGGAGGGAUUUUAGCAGAUGCAAUGGGGCUUGGGAAAACUGUGAUGACAAUCGCUCUAAUACUUGCAAGACCAGGCAGAGGGAGCUCCCAUGACCAAAAACUUGUCUCAGGUGCUGCAGAUGAAACUGAGUGCAUAAAGAAAAAGAAAGAAAGUUCUGAUACAAUCUCAUCAAAAGUCAAAGGCGGAACUCUCAUUAUUUGUCCCAUGGCCUUGCUAAGCCAGUGGAAGGACGAGCUUGAAACCCAUUCAAAGCCAGAAACCAUUUCGGUUUUUGUUCACUACGGUGGGGAUAGAACCAAUGAUCCCAAGGUGAUAGCAGAGCAUGAUGUGGUCUUGACAACAUAUGGUGUAUUAACUGCUGCUUAUAAGAAGGAUGCAGAAAACAGCAUUUUCCAUAGAAUGGAGUGGUAUCGGGUAGUUUUAGAUGAAGCUCAUACUAUCAAAUCCUCCAGGACUCAAGGUGCUCAGGCUGCCUUCACAUUGUCCUCUCACUGCCGGUGGUGUCUUACGGGUACACCUCUUCAGAAUAACUUGGAAGAUCUCUACAGCCUCUUAUGCUUCUUACAUGUUGAGCCAUGGUGCAACUGGGCAUGGUGGUCCAAAUUGAUUCAACGGCCCUAUGAAAAUGGUGAUCAGAGAGGGAUGAAAUUGAUUAAAGCGAUUCUGAGGCCACUAAUGCUGAGGAGGACAAAGGAGACAAAGGAUAAAGAAGGAAGGCCCAUACUUGUUCUCCCACCAACCGACAUUCAAGUCAUUGAAUGUGAACAGUCAGAAGCUGAACAUGAUUUCUAUGAUGCCCUCUUCAGGAGAUCUAAAGUCCAAUUCGACCAGUUUGUUGCACAAGGAAAAGUUCUUCACAACUAUGCAAAUAUUCUUGAGCUGCUUCUUCGCCUAAGGCAAUGCUGCAAUCACCCAUUUCUUGUUAUGAGUCGAGGUGACUCACAAGAGUUUGCAGAUUUGAACAAGCUUGCAAGAAGGUUCCUUGAAGCCAAUACUGAUUCAUCCACUCCGAAUCACAAAGUCCCAACCCAAGCCUACAUUGAAGAGGUGGUUGAGGGUAUUAGGCGUGGUGAAAACACAGAAUGCCCAAUUUGUCUGGAGUCUGCAGAUGAUCCCGUGCUCACGCCUUGUGCUCAUAGGAUGUGUAGAGAAUGCCUUUUGUCAAGCUGGCGAACCCCAUCAGCCGGGCUUUGCCCAAUUUGCCGUCAACUGUUGAAGAAGAGCGACCUCAUUACAUGCCCAUCUGAGAACAGGUUUCGUAUUGAUGUUGAGAAGAAUUGGAAGGAAUCUUCUAAAGUUACAAAGCUCUUGGAAUGCUUGGAAAAGAUACACAAGAUGGGUUCUGGAGAGAAGAGCAUUGUUUUUAGCCAGUGGACUUCAUUUUUGGAUCUGCUAGAGAUACCAUUGAGGCGGAAGAGAAUUGGGUUCUUGAGGUUUGAUGGGAAACUGGUGCAGAAACAAAGGGCUCUGGUUUUGAAGGAGUUUAAUGAGACUAAUGAGAAAAUGGUACUCUUGAUGUCAUUAAAAGCAGGAGGUGUGGGCUUAAAUUUGACUGCAGCUUCCAAUGUGUUUCUUAUGGAUCCAUGGUGGAAUCCAGCAGUGGAAGAGCAAGCAAUAAUGCGAAUUCAUCGCAUCGGUCAAAAACGAACUGUUUCUGUUAGAAGAUUCAUUGUCAAGGACACCGUGGAGGAACGGAUGCAACAGGUUCAAGUGAGGAAGCAACGGAUGAUUGCCGGAGCCCUCACUGAUGAGGAAGUCCGAUCUGCCCGGAUCGAAGAGCUUAAAAUGCUUUUCAGAUAAACCUUGGUUUAUCCUUUACAAUGCUUUGGUAAUUUAUUUUCAAUUAGGUAGAGAGAAGAGGGGGAAAAGUUAUGCUCUGGGGGGCUUUUUGUAAAUAAGCCAAUUUUUGGAGGGAUAGAAGAGGUAUUUCUCAUUUACACAAUUGAGAACUUUGUUAAUUGUAUUGGCCAAAUGAUCAACCCCCAAUUUUGUAAAUUUGUAGAGCAGUGAAAUGAUGUUUCUUGUCUUCUCUA